AUGAGCGCGUGGAUCUCGAGCUUCAUCUUUGUAGGCAUAGCCGUGCAGCUGGCGUGUCUCAAGCUCGGGUGGGCGCCCUGGAGGGGCACGGAUCUUAAUGACGAGGCGCUCUUUCUGCUCAUCAACCAGUCGGUGCGAACGGCAUCAGGGAUCGCCAUCGUGUGGUUUGUCGCGCGCCCUUUCCAACCACUCUCCACCGACCUUUUCCACUGGGGUUUCGAGGACCCCUUCAGUUGUCGCAAGGGGUGGUUGUCCUGGGCUAGCGUUGGCGUCUUGAGUGCUGGGCUCGUUGUUUUCGCAACUGCCACCGCCACCACGAUGCUUUCAGGGGGAAUUGACGCUCCCAGAGAGGAAGCUGACGCGCUAGUGCAAGUUCUCCCCAUAAUCGCUGCCUCCCCUUUCAGCACCGGUGCACUCAUCUUUGUUGCUGGUGUGCUCGCGCCCAUCCUCGAAGAAACUAUAUUUCGAGCCUUCCUGCUCACAUCCUUGACUAAGUGGAUGCCAGUACCCCUGGCAGUGGCAGGGAGUGCCUGCGCCUUUGCUGCAGCCCACAUGACUCCAAACGAGUUCCCCAAGCUGGCUGCUCUCGGAUUGGUGUUGGGAUUCAGCUAUGUGCGCACGCGCAACCUCCUCACACCCAUCAUCAUCCAUUCCGUAUGGAACUCAGGAGUCAUCAUCCUUCUCACACUAUUGCGGGGGUCAUCAUCAUUCUCACCUUGCUGCAGGUAA